UUGACGAAAUCUGACAACAACAAAUAUCUUUAGUCUUUGGGAGUCCUGUUUCUGUGGUUUGCUUGUUCAAGAUUAUCUUUUUUUACAAUUAUGUUGUUACACAGUUUUAAUUACACGAUUACGUAAGAGCUGGCUAAAAUGAAAACAACAUAGCGUUUGAUAUUGUUUCUGGAAUUUGUUCCGCCUGCAGAGGUUUCGAUUCUUGGAUAACGUUCGGCAAAGCAAACGAGUACUUUCAGAGUUCAGCUCUUGGCUAAGCCUUUAUGGCCGAAACAAUUGUCGUGGGUGUGUUAAAAUCCGCUGUUGGCUGGCUUUGGUCCAAAGGCCGAGAAACUGUAGCGAAAAGGCUGAGAGAUGGUGAUGUCUUUAAUCAAAAUCUUGCAGGCAUCAUCACAAGUGAUAUUAACGAUAUCAAAACGAACUUGAAUGUAAUGAAACUAAGAGAUCUUCGGGCGAGUAUCAACUUCUUCAACGAAGGAGUUAAUUCUAUCGCUUUUGAUGCAGAUUCAGUGGAUAGUCCAGAACCGCCGCCCAAGAGAAGAAAAAUAGAUCAUAGCCCUUCAGAGAGGAAAGACGAUGUGGCAAAAUUCUCUCAAGCUAAUGCCGUAAAGCUAAGCUCACAUUCAAAGGAAAGAUUCAAGAAGGCCCGUGAACAUGCAAUGUUAGCCAAAAGCGAUCCAACUUUGAAACCUGAGGAUAAAAUUUUGGCUACCUACAUCACGAUUAUGGCGCAACUGCUUGAAAGUAGUGAUGAUCCAGAAAGAGCAUUGCACUCAUGCAAAUGGCAUCUUGAACAAAUGCAUCGUGUAGAACCGAUAAUAGCCAACUUCAAAACUGAAUUUCAAGGAGAAGGUAUCGGAAAACGGCUGAGCGAUGUCGAACGUAGACAGGUCAUCUGGCUUGUCUGUCUCGUGAAUCGUUUGGUGUUCGAUAUCGCACAAUCGCUCGGUGGAGACAGGGUGUUUCGAGAUCUCUUCAUCUGGCCCACCAUUGAAAUUCAAAGUAAAAAAAGAGGCAAGGAGGAAAUCGAUGUUUUGCGCGAUUCCAGAUUAGACAAGGUGGUGCAUAAGCAAGGUUUGGAACCUAUUUCUGUGGUAUGGUCGUUUGGCGAUCAAAGUGAAGAAGAAGAGCACAAACUGAAGCGUCCUCAAUGCAUCGCUACGAACACAAAAGGAGAAUUUGUUGUGCUAGACGACAUGGCCAUCAAAAUCUACGACAGCAGCGGCGGAUUCCUCCGCUGUCUUCUGAAAGAUUGCAAAUUUGAAUUUCAUACUGUUGACGUUGACACUGACAAUGAAGGCAACUUGUAUUUGCUCGCUUGGGAAACCAGUAAAGAUCAUGGAAAAAACAUGGAAGAAUUGUUUGAAGUGUUUGUAUUCGACACGAACGGUGAGUUCAAAAACAAAUUUUCUCUGAGAAAUAAGUCCAAAGGACACAAACUAGCUUUGAACUCACAUGGCAACCAUACUGAAGUGCUUGUUCUGGAGAGCGGUGAAACAGGGUUUCAUGACAAGUCUGACAAGGUUGGAGUGUACCGCUACAAGACUGAGGGUGCGUUUGAUCGCCAAUUCGGGAAUGGAAUUUUGCGGGAUGCGAAGGAUAUUGUCAGCGCUACUGAUGGUCGUAUUUUGGUGUUGGAUGAAAGUCGUGGACCUAAAGAGAAGAGCUGUGUUCUCGUAUUCGACGCAGGGAAACAGCACCUUUCCAGUAUUGACGUAUUUCCCGGUUCUGUUGCCAUAGGGUUUCAUUGUGUAAGCGAACACGUUGUCAUCAUCUCUGUUUCCGAGGACCGAGAAGAA